GGCUCGAGUUCCGCGUCGUCGCGCAGGGCUGACUCUGGGAGGCGUUUGGGCCCAGAGAAGUGUCUCGGCCGCCGGUGCCGCAUGGAGUCCGAAUCGGAGAGCGGGGCCGCCGCUGACACCCCCCCACUGGAGACCCUAAGUUUCCACGGCGAUGAAGAGAUCAUCGAGGUGGUAGAACUGGAUCCCGGCCCGCCGGACCCGGCAGAUGAUCUGGCCCAGGAGAUGGAAGAUGUCGACUUCGAGGAAGAGGAAGAGGAGGAGGAGGAGGAGGAGGAGGAGGGACACGAGGAGGGCUGGGUGCUGGAACCCCAGGAGGGGGUGGUGGGCAGCAUGGAGGGCCCGGAUGACAGCGAGGUCACCUUUGCUCUGCACUCAGCAUCUGUGUUCUGUGUGAGCCUGGACCCCAAGACCAACACGAUGGCCGUGACGGGCGGUGAGGACGACAAGGCCUUUGUGUGGAGGCUCAGCGAUGGGGAGCUGCUCUUUGAGUGUGCAGGCCACAAAGACUCUGUGACCUGUGCCGGGUUCAGCCAUGAUUCGACCUUAGUGGCCACGGGGGACAUGAGUGGCCUCCUGAAAGUGUGGCAGGUGGACACCAAGGAGGAGGUCUGGUCCUUUGAAGCUGGAGACCUGGAGUGGAUGGAGUGGCAUCCCCGGGCCCCUGUGCUGCUGGCGGGCACGGCUGACGGGAACACCUGGAUGUGGAAGGUCCCAAAUGGCGACUGCAAGACCUUCCAGGGCCCCAGCUGCCCCGCCACUUGUGGCCGCGUCCUCCCUGACGGGAAGCGUGCUGUGGUGGGCUAUGAAGACGGCACCAUCAGGAUCUGGGACCUGAAGCAGGGAAGCCCCAUCCAUGUCCUGAAAGGGACCGAGGGUCACCAGGGCCCACUAACCUGCGUGGCCACCAACCAGGAUGGCAGCCUGGUCCUGACCGGCUCCGUGGACUGCCAGGCCAAGCUAGUCAGUGCCACCACUGGCAAGGUGGUGGGCGUCUUCAGGCCUGAGACGGUGGCCCCCCAGCCCAGCCUGGGUGAAGGCGAGGAGAGCGAGUCGAACUCGGUGGAGUCCCUGGGCUUCUGCAGCGUGAUGCCUCUGGCCGCUGUUGGCUACCUGGACGGGACCUUGGCCAUCUAUGACCUGUCCACACAGACGCUCCGGCAUCAGUGCCAGCACCAGUCGGGCAUCGUGCAGCUGUUGUGGGAGGCGGGCACAGCCGUGGUGUACACGUGCAGCCUGGACGGUGUGGUGCGCCUCUGGGACACGCGUGCUGGCCGCCUGCUCACCGACUACCGCGGCCACACUGCCGAGAUCCUGGACUUUGCCCUCAGCAAAGAUGCCUCACUGGUGGUGACCACGUCGGGGGACCACAAAGCAAAAGUCUUCUGUGUCCAGAGGCCUGACCGCUAAGGGCUGCGCCUGGGCUCUGUGCCUGGGGCGGGGGGCACCCCGCCUGUGCCCGCAGAAGGGAAGCGGAGGGCGGGGCUCGGACUACUCUCCCCCCUUCAGAUGCCUGGCCCCUCUCGGUCCCUCCCGCCCCCCCCCCCCCCCACUCCCAUCCCCACCCAGAGACCCUGUUCGGGCCUGUCCCCCUUCCCUGGCCCCUGACCCAGCCCAGCGGGGCCCUCCGAGGCCUCUUUCUCUUUCGCUUUUCUUUGCUGGUGUGAGCCAUGGGGGGGUGGGGGGCAAUUUGUAUGUGGGGAGUAGU